AUGAUCGCACGCAACUUGUGCAGAACGCUGCUUCGCGCAGCAGCUGUGCCUCGCGCUACGUCCGCCGCUAGUGCAGUAGCUGUGGCGCGCGCUUCGAUUCGACCUUGCGUGGUGCCUGGUAUGCGCACGUUUUCGGUUACCCGCUCUGUUCUCGGUCAAGGCGAAUACGACGCCGAACUGGCUGGAAAGCUUGCGCAAGAGCUCUCGUAUGAACAGGAGAACUCGAACCUGUUCAUCGGCGACUCGCCCACGUCGGAACCUGGAUUCGUCUCGGAAUUCAAGCAAGCCGGAAUCUGGAAGUUGCGCGACACUCCUGGUCAGGACGAAGUAGCUCUGGAACGCGAGUUCGGUAACGAACACAUCCAAAUCCUCUUCUCCGUAGGUGACAUUGACACCUCCGGUGCUUUGCCCGAAGACAACGAAGACGGAACUCCAGGCGAAAUCGUUGGACCCCCCGAGCAACCCGAUCAGCCUCAGUAUCCAAUCCGUAUCUCGGCCACCAUCACAAAGCCCGCCGGUGGAGCGAUUGUGAUGGACGGCUUUGUGCAAGAUGGCGACCUGAACAUCGACAAUAUUGCAUACUACAAGGACAAGGAAAUGGCAACCCGGAUCGACGCUGAUGCCGAUUUCCAACGAAGGGGUUUCUACUUGGGUCCCCAAUUCGACACGCUCGACGAAGCAGUGCAAAACCAAUGGUACCAGUUCUGGGCCGAGAGGGGCUUCGAUGCCAACAUGGCACUGUUCAUCCCCAACUAUGCAGAGUACAAGGAACAGAGAGAGUACUGCGACUGGUUGGCCAACAUGCGCGAUUUCAUCAAUGCCUGA